AUCAUUUGAUUUCUUCCUUUUAGCCUACCAUGUUUGUUUUUCUUCCUUACAUGUCACGGGGGUGGGCCAUACGUAGCAUGUGCUUGCAUGUGGUGUGUCUGUUCUCAAGGCCCACUACCUCCCUUUGAGAAAAUAAAUGGUUUUUCUACUCUCUCUCUCUCUCUCUCUCUCUCUCUCCCCUUUUCGGUGCAUCUGAUUCUUCAGUAGACCCUUCAAACACCCUACUGCAAUUUUUUUCAAAAUUGAAAAAUUAAAAAAAAAAAACACAAAAAACAAAGAAGAGUCCAUAUCAUGCAUUCACACAUACAUAUCAUCCCCUCCCAACAUCUCAUCUCCUAGCUAAGGAAACAUAUAAAGAAGCUUGCAUCUUUGAAUGAGAUUCCAGUAAACCAUACGGUCCCAUUUCAAUCCAAAACCUCUCCUUCCUCUCCUCUCUUCUCUAGGACUCUUUACCAUUACACAUCAAAAUCAUCCACUUUUCAUGCAUUUGAACAAACACCCGUUUCAUCUCAAUAGCUUAUCUUCCUUUUUUUUUUUUUUUUUUUUGUUUUGAACUCCUCUCUUGAGAUUGCACAAGAUAACCAUAUAAAUUCCAUGCUUUCAAACAAUACCCACAUCAUAUAGAAAGCAAUUCUACCUCCUUUGUGAGUCUUUCUCAAUUUUCAUUCCAGCCAUGCAAGUCUCAAACUCAUUCAAGAAAGUCUUCCUCAAGAAACUACUGGUGGGCCUCCAACAUGAUGAUUUUUCCUCCAAGAACAUGAGCCUUACAGAAAGAAAGAAUGCCAUCAAGCUUUCGUCGGACGUCGCACUAGCUUUCGCCGGCAAUGGUGCCAUAUGGAGCCAAGCCCUAAUUACUGAUGUCUCCAAACAAGAAAAGAACAAGACCCUUAUGAGGCACAUCUUGGGCAAUGAAUUCGAGAGGAUGACAGAGAAGCCAUGCGGCCGAUCGGUCGCGUGCAAGAUGGUGAGGAGCAAGAAGAUCUUGAAGAGGAGCUACAUCCAGCGUAGGAUAAGGAAGAGUGCACCCCGGCGGAUGAUAGCAAGUGCAAUCGCGAAGAGGAUUGUGAAGAAAAGGACCCAAGUGCUGAAAUGUAUCAUACCAGGAGGAGAGUCCAUGGAUGAAUUCUCUUUGUUGGAUGAGACUAUAGAUUACAUUCUGUCUCUCAGAGCUCAGGUCGAUGUCAUGCGACGUCUGGCCAACGUUUUUGAGCUUUCGAAUCUUAAGUAAGAUUAUCUACAAGCAGCUCUUUUUUAAUUUUCAAUUUCUUAGAAAUGUGAAGGAGAGAAAUCUCAAUAUUAAAAAAAGAAACAAAAAAAAAUCCUAUCACGAGAUGAUAAUAUUGAUGGCAUAUUGGCAUGUACAAAUGAAAUAUUAUUUAAGCUUAGCUUUCACCUCUUUUAUUAUUAUUAUUAGGUUUUCCUUCUUCUGA